CUGGCGUUAAGGCAAGGUGCUCCACAUAUAGCUUUGGAGUCAAUGUCACAACAGAAACCACAUUACAUCACUAUUAGAAAUAUAAAGGCCGUUUCAUUAUCAGAGUUACAAAGAUUUGAUGAAGCUAUGACAGUAUUAAGAAGUGUUUUAGAUGUAGAUCAACCAGAACAAAAGGAUAAACACACAUUCUUCAAAGAAACUAUUACUAAAGUUCGUACGGCCAUAGAGGAUUCAAACAACAAAGACUCCUUGAAAAGAUUUGAAGAUAUUGAAACGGCUUUGAAGGAUCGUAAUCUUAUAGAUGACCAGACAAUUGAUCAGUUGAUAACAUCUGAAAUCACGCUGAAGAAAAAAAACAAAAACCUACCACGUGGCAUGCCCAAGAUGGCAUACAACAUGAGACAUAAGAAAGAUUUAUUAGGGUAG